AUGAAUGCAUACAAUCAACUCAACUCGAUGCUCCCGUCAUUUCUGGACAUUACCCCCAUCAUUCUGGUAGCUGGUCUCUAUCUGAUCAUUAUAGCACCCAUUUACAACCUCUAUUUCCAUCCUCUACGGAAAUUUCCCGGUCCCAAGUUGUACGCAGCCUCCAAACUGCCCUGGGGGUAUCAUUAUCGCAAGGGUCUAUGGCAUGAUAAAGUCCUGCAGCUCCACAAAACAUAUGGUCACAUAGUCCGCGUUGCUCCCGAUGAAUUGUCCUAUGACAUCCCCGAGGCAUGGGAAGAGAUUUACAGCAGUGGGAGUGGUAGAAUUGAAAAUCACCGGCCGGAAUGGUUCGUGUCUUCGAAGCUGAACUUCAUCAUUGGAGCGAACGAGAGUGAUCAGAAGAGAAUGAAGAGUGUCAUGGCUCCUGGAUUCUCUCAUGCCGCUUUGAUGGAGCAAGAACCCACCAUUAAGAAACAUUUGGAUCUCUUCAUCCGUCAGAUCCGACAAGCCACAAACGACGGUCAGAAACCCGCCAAUCUGAUCAGAUGGGUGAAUUACCUCACCUUUGAUAUCAUCGGCGACCUACUCUUCGGACAGGACUUUGGUUGCGUGGCGGGGGACGCCGAAAUGCGGGCCUGGCAAGAUGUGCUCAUUGGCAAUUUGCAACUCAUCCACGUUGUGGCUGUGUGUAAGCGCAUUUGGGUUUUCUGGCUGGCUCUUCCGCCUGCACAGGUGUGGACUCUCUUGACCAAAUUCAAGUAUUUUGAUGGGAUUAUUGAACAUCGUGUGAGGAGUCGAGAAGUCACCAGCGAGGAGGCGCCCAAGAGAACUGAUAUCCUGGAGUUGAUGCGUAAGGGAAGGAAUUCUGCCUACAUGACUCGAAAAGAAAUCCUCGCCAACACGAACCUCCUCACUUUUGCAGGAUCUGAAAGUUCCGCCAACGCCACAGCAUCUCUUGUAUAUCGCAUUGCGAACAACGCCACUCUCCGGGAAAGAAUACUUCAAGAACUCCACGACAAUUUCCAGAAUGAAGACGAAAUCAGCAGUGGGAAAGCAAUGUCGCUUCCCUUUCUCAACGCCGUCAUUCAGGAGGGUCUUCGUCUACAUCCCGUUACUCCUAAUGCUUUGUGGCGUAUUACGCCAAGUGGUGGGAAUAAAGUGUUUGGGGAUUGGAUUCCUGGUAAUACGGUCCUCAGCAUCCAUCAUCGCGCCAUGUAUCGCGCCGAACACAACUUCCACCGAGCCGAGGAAUUCAUCCCGGAGCGCUGGAUGCCGCACAGCGAAGCUUAUCCCGACUUCGCAAAGGAUCGCCGGGAUGCCUUUCAUCCCUUUUCGCUGGGCGCGAGAAUGUGUCCGGCUCGAAACCUUGGAUACGCGGAAAUGAGUGUUAUUAUCGCACGCUUAUUGUGGGCUUUUGAUAUUACUAUUGCGGAGGAGAGUAAGGAUUGGUUGGAGGGUUUGCGGGCUUGGGUUUUGUGGGAUAAGAAGCCUUUUUGGCUCUUUCUUAAACCUAGGAUGCAGUGA